CUAUGUUUCAGAAAGAAUCAGCUGAAAUAGGUACUGCUACUAGUACUUGUACUGCCGCUACAUUUCUCCUUCCAAACCCCUAUUCAAAACCCAUAUCAUCCUUUCAUUCUGCUGCUGAUGCUAUGGACUCCCCACCUGUUGUUUUGACAAAUCUGAUUAAUAACGAUAUCAAUAAUCUGGAAGAAGCUCUGUUUUUAUACAAUGAUAUGGUUCGAAGCAGGCCUGUGCCUUACGUUUUUCACUUCAAUCAACUCCUUAGCCGUAUUGUUAAGAUGAAGCAUUAUUCUCCUGCUAUUUGCGUUUUCAAAGAUAUGUACUUCUUGAGCAUUCAGGUUGAUGAUUACACCCUGAAUACUGUGAUCAAUUGUUACUGCCUUUUGAAUCGAGUGGAUUUGGGAUUUUGUAUAUUGGGGGUUUUCUUCAAGUACGGUAUUGUCCCUGAUGUGACCACCUUUAACACUUUGCUCAGGGGACUCUUUCGACAGCACAUGGUUCCCCGGGCGCAAGAAUUGUUUGGGAAGAUCAUCUGUGAAAAAUUAUGUGAACCCAAUGGGGUCAUGUUUGGAACCGUGAUUAAUGGACUCUGCAAGGCAGGGAACACAGGCAAAGCCGUUGAAUUUCUCAGAGUUAUGGGUAAAGAAGGAAGAGUUAAACCGACUGCCAUAAUUUACACCACUAUCAUUGACAGCUUGUGCAAGGAUAAAAUGGUAGAUAAAGCUCUUGACCUUUUACAUGAGAUGGUUGAGAAAGGCAUUGCCCCAGAUGUUGUUACCUACAAUUGUUUGAUCCAGGGUCUUUGCAAUUUUGGUAGAUGGAAAGAGGUUACUAAGCUGCUGACUGAGAUGAAUGAUUUUCACAUCAUACGAGAUGUCUUUACAUUUGGUAUUGUGAUUGAUGCACUAUGUAAGGAAGGAGAGGUAGAAGCUGCAGAAGAUGUAUUUCAAACCAUGCUUAAGCAAGGUGAGAGACCAAGUUGCGUGGCAUAUGGUGCUUUGAUGGAUGGAUACUGCUUGCAGGACCGAGUGGACGAAGCAAGAAGAGUUUUUGACACCAUGGUUGCUAAUGGAGUUGUUCCGAGUGGUGUCAACUAUAAUAUAUUGAUCAAUGGAUAUUUUAAGAAGAUGAGCGCAGAUGAUGCUGUACAUCUUUUUGAAGAAAUGCAGUGUAAAGGUUUAACACCUAGCACUGUUACAUGCAAUAUAGUCUUGCAGGGAUUGUUUAGGGUGGGAAGGUCUGGUGCUGCAAGAAAAGUGUUUGACAAGAUGCUAAUGACUCCCAUAAUAUCUGACCGGUAUACUUACUGUGUGAUGUUGGAUGGAUUAUGCAAGGGUGGACACAUCGAGGAAGCAUUGAAUUUGUUGCAUAAGAUGGAAAUUCAGAGAUUGGAUCUCAAACAUAUAACUAUGUACAACAUCAUUCUUGAUGGAUUGUGUAAAAGUGGGAGGCUUGAUGGUGCUCGAGAUCUUUUCAAUAGUCUUUUUCUCAAAGGAUUGGAUCCUGAUGUUAUAACAUACAACACCAUGAUUCUAGGCCUCUGCUCAAAAGGUUUGCUUAAGGAAGCUAAGGACUUUUUCAUAAAGAUGGAAGAGAAUGGUUGUUCGGCAGAUAGGAUCACAUACAAUGUUAUUGUCCAAGGACUUCUUUUGGGUGGUAAAUAUGAUGAUGCACUGGUGCAUCUUGAAGAAAUGGACAAUAGAGGAUUCCCAUUGCAUUCACAUACUUUUUCCAAAUUGUUGAAUUCAUUAAAAAAGAGUGAAAAUGAUCCUUAUCUUCUUAAGAUAAUUCAGAAGUUUGUUCCCAAUAUGAAGGAAUAAAGUGGUGAAUAAAGGGCACAGGGUAUCUUUUAGUAGAUUGCAACUGUUUGCAAUCCUUGGACUCAUGUUGCCUCUGAAGCAUCAUUUUCUGUGAAAUUAUAUGUUUCAAGUAACGAAGUCUGCUCCUUUUUUCCAAUGAUUAUCUCUUUCCUGUUGAAGAAUGUUAACAACCAGCCUUUCAAAAGCACUCCUGGGCACUUCAGUAGAAGUUUGAUGUCAUUGAUUUCAGGUUAAUGCUUUGAAGGUUUAUUUAGACUCUCUUAGUUGGAGUGGAUACAUGUUUUUGCCAUUUGCUUGGCAUAUCAACGCUAUUCUUGGUUUGUCCAAAAUGCUACUUCUGGUAGGUGGUCACUUUUUCGUUGUCGUGGCAUUGAGCAUUACACUGGACUUGCGGUUAAGGGGAAUGAAUCAGAUGCCCUAAAAGGAUAGGAAAUGAGCCUUCAUUCUCCUGGAAUAGGUUUUGUAAAUAGGUGUUCAUCAGGUCCACUCUGGAAGGAUGAAUGUUCACCAGAUGCGAACUUUUGGGGAGCUGGCUCGUUAAACUGAUGAUUUCAAUGGGGCACUAGGGUUGAACCAUGAGGACUUCGAUGAAGGAAAAGAAGACAGCCAGCUUAAGUAAGAUUUCCGUCCGGAUUGAGGUAAGUUGAAGAAAGCCUAAAGCACAUGCUCUCAUCCGAACCCAUUCCUUUUUAAUCAUUUUCCCUGCGAAAAGAAAGAAGGAAAGAAGGAGUUCAAGAAUCAAAUCAGGAGACAGGUUAUUUUCUUCUACCAACUCUAAGCCUUGCAAGUUAACAAUAUGAUUUGUGUGUGUAUUCAUUUGUAAGAGUAUUUGGGCUACA